AUGCUCUUCUACAGAGUUAUUGCCGUUGCAGGCAUAUCUUCAGUGAUCGCCACAUCACUUGACUUGGGCGAGGAUAACUACAUGACGCGCAAUACUGGAAUCACGAAGAUUGGAGCGGCAUACAACAAUGUCACACUUGUCGACAGUCUGAAACACGCCUCCUGGGCCUACAACUGGGAUAUGUACGCUGAUGGAGUUCUUCCAUUUGGUGUGGAAUACUGUCCCAUGCUUUGGGGACCAAAAAUGUAUGACCAGUGGCACUCUGCUGCCUUGAACGCUCUUUUAUCUGGAAGCGGCUGCUUGCUGGGCUUCAAUGAACCAGACAACGCAGAACAGGCAAAUAUGUCUCCAAAACAGGCGGCAGUAGAUUAUCAGACAUACAUUACUCCUUACGCAAAUCAAACCCAGCUUGUUACUCCAGCCGUUACAAACGGCGUGGGGGAGCUAGUUGGUUUGAACUGGUUGGAGAAUUGGUUUGCUGAAUGCAAUGACCAGUGCAAACCAGAUGCUGUCGCGAUCCAUUACUAUGCUGAUAGUUACUCGGCUGAUUUUAUUGAUUACAUUACUGCUGUAGUCACACUUGCACGUAGAAACGGGAUUGAAAGAGUCUGGAUCACCGAGUUUCAACAUACAGGGUCCGUUGGUAGUCAGGUCACGUUCCUACAAGACGUCAUUCCAUGGCUUGUUAAUAAUACCGCUAUCGAACGUUACGCUUAUUUUUUUGUUAGUGAUGGAUAUCUCCUCUCUGGAACAGAUCUUAGUAUUAUUGGACAGACGUACACUUCUACUUAUUAA